AUGUUUGGUUAUAAUAACAAUGCGAUUUUAACACAAUCAAACAAAGAGGAAUUUAUCAAAACGUUUCCUGUGACUAUGGAUGAGGAAAUAGAAGAUAUUGAGUUAAGACCUUCAAGUGUGCGCCGCAAUGUAACAAUUAGGAAUAAUGUGGCUCGACAAGUUGCUAUUAACUUUAUGCCAUCCCGUCAAGCACUUAAUACUCUUAGAUUACGGAGAGUCAACAGUGAAAACAAUGCACUCCUCGAUGCUGUGGCUGCUGAUGCACCAGAUGCAGCAGACAAACAGGCGGACAUUAUUGUUAGGGAGAUGGAACAACAUACUCAUCUCAUGCAAGAUGAUCCUGUAUCUGAAGAACUCAGAAGGGAAGCCUUAAGGGACCUUCCACAAGGUCUGACAAUGAAGAGGAAUGUACGAGCGAAGUUAUCUGCUUCUGUUAGUUUGCGAUCAAAGCGGCGUCCACUAUCUGUCUUUAAACGCUUCAAGUAUAGGCUUAGUUUUGUUUGGAAACGGACACGCGAACGUUUCCGUGAUUUCAUCUUUUCAAUCGAACUGUGGUACGAGCCAAUACGGAAUAUCGAAGGACAUCUGGGUUCGGCCGUGGGUUCCUACUUCCAUUUGCUGCGAUGGUUGUUCAGCCUGAACUUGCUGCUCAGCGGUCUGGUGGUCAGCUUCGUGGUUGUGCCACAAGCGCUGCACGAUCAAGGGAAUAGUACUUCGGGUGAAAAGGGAUGGUUGGACUUCAUUAGUGGCAAGGGUGGUUUUGAAGACUCCCUCCUCUUCUACGGGCAUUACCACGACGGGCUGAUCAGCACCUCUCUACCGAUUACAUACAACAUGCCAUUUGCUUACUUUUUCACGAUGUUCUGCUUAUAUUUAGUGUUUUUUAUCGUUCUAUGUUAUAGAACGUCGUACUCGUACCGGCGCAACUUUAUAGAGACAUCCGGUGGUUUAUCAAAUGUCUUCGCUAACAAAGUCUUCUGCGGGUGGGACUUCGGAAUCGUGUCAGAACACGCGGCAUCCCUUAACGCAGCCAGCCUUUAUAACGAGUUUAAGGAGCUGCUCAGCGAACGGCACAAAGUAAAAGUGGAGACUUCUCUAUGCAUGAAGAUAUUCCAAUACACUCUGAAUGUGAUCGUAUGGGGCACAGUUCUUGGCAGCAUCGCGGCCAUACAUUACGGAUUUUGGACCUUACGAGCGCUCAGUACGCGAACAGCGCACUGGGAUCUAUUUGUUUCAUUAAUCCUCACUGCUGUGCUGGCCGUUUGCCCUUUGCUGUUUAACUUUAUCGUUCGGUUAGAAUUCUACAAGCCACGCACAGCGUUCUACGUGACUUUGGCCCGUACUUGGCUGCUCGAUAUUACGACACUUGGCUUGUUCUUCGUAUAUUGGGCGAAAUCGACUACUGCGUGCUGGGAGACUGCUUUAGGCCAGGAAGUUUAUCGUCUUGUUUUAUUGGAUUCGCUGGUUUCCUUAUUCCUGUUGCCCGCUGUUGAGUUUCUAAGAAUAUUGAUUUUUAAAUUGAACUCAAAGGGUUCCGGACCAGAGUUCAGCAUCGCGUACAACUCGCUAACGCUGAUCUACAACCAGGCCUUGCUGUGGCUGGGCUUGCUGUUCUCGCCCUUGUUGGCUGUAGCAAUAACGAUCAAAUUCCUACUUCUGUUCUACGUGAAGAGAGUCAGCGCCUUGCGAGCCUGUCGUCCUGCUAGAAAGGUUUGGCGUGCUGCGCAAACGCAGACCGUGUUAUACAUGCUGGUUACCCUUUCUCUCUUUACUACUUUAUUUGGUAUCGGAGUUCUUUUCCUUGGUACAACGUCUAACGAGUGCGGCCCAUUUCGACAGUACUCCCGUGUGAUUGCUGUAGUAGGGGAGGGGGUGUUGAACCUUUCCCGACAUCGAACCCUGGACGCCAUAAUCACAUUUGUUACCAGACCUGGAGUGAUAGGAUUUCUCUUCGUCGCCCUCUGCGUGUCAGUGUAUUAUAUGAGAGCUAAGUCCAUAGCUCAGCGCUCUAUGGUGACCCUACUACGUCAGAUGCUGGUGCUGCAAGCUAAGGAUAAGGACUUUCUGCUUACAGCCAUCGCGAAGGUCUCCAACGGAGAAUGGCUGUACAGCCCCAAAGCUGAAGAGAACGCGGACAGUCACACGUGGCGUUACCUCCACGAUGUGCGAAAGCCCUCCAAUGCCGGCUACCACUUUGACGCCUCCCGGCUCAGCCACGGCUUCGAAAGGCCCGACAGGCCCCGGCAGGACAGGCCGCGGUCUGAGAGGCCCCAGUCGGACUACCGGACGGACGGCGACACGGAUAGCUCCUUCAGUUGGCAAGGCUCCAGUAAUUAUUUGAACGAUCUCGAGAAUAGAAGAAUGAUUUGA